CUAAAUAAUUCUACAUCUUUUUCCUAAAAAAAUACUGGUGUAUGACGAGCUCAGGGAAAGGGUUACCGCCCCCCUUCCCUUAAAUCUGCCCCUGGUCACAACCCGUUGACAAACAGAAACACACACAAAACGAAACAUUAGAAGUCACGCUCCCUUUCAAAUGCUCUUUUUGUGAUUUUUGUUCUUGUUCAUUCGUCGGGCGACGCUAGCUCCAACUGAUAUGAUUAUCGCGUUGCCACGGGCGACUGUGCUGUGCUGCGAGAAUGCCGCGGUUAUCAAAACGGAAAACCGGGAUACGUCUGCGAACCGAAGAAGCCCGUCGGACUUCGUUGCUUUCGGCGCGGAUCGCAAACAUCAACAUCAGGAUGGCGGACGGGACGCCGCAGCCCGAGUUCAACACCACUUACCAUGAAGUGAAGGGAUUCACCGAGCUAAGCGUGGAUUUCCUGAGAUUUACAUGCCAGGUGCCGGACCGAGCAAGGUGUAAACAUUGCGACUGCAUUCCGAAAAGAAUAUAUAACCUUAUGUGUCCUCGUCAUGGCCUCUGUUCGGACUGCAGAAGAGAUUGCGAAGGAUAUUAUUGCGAUGAAUGUCGUCUACACACAAUACCUGAACAACUUGGCGCUCUCCGCUCAGAUUACAACCUUGAUGGUACACUUCUGGUUGUGCAAUGUGACGUGUGCGAUAAGGAAGUUCUCCUUGGACAGCUUGAGGACCACCUGUGGGAGCACACUAAUCAAGGUGACAUGGAGUGUUCAAAAGUUCAAGAAACGACAAAUCAGGAGCACAGGGAGCAGUGUGAAAAAAAGAAACUUGCUUGCGAGUACUACAAAUUGGAACUGAAAGGCGAUCAUGAAAAAAACGCGCACCUUGAAAUCUGCGAAGACGCUUCGAUUGAAUGUGCUUUUAAAGAGUUUGGAUGCAGCGAGAAAUUCCCAAGGAAAGAGAUGCAGGAACAUGAGAAGGACCCACACAAUGCACUUCUUAAUCAAGUGAUCCUUAAGGCAAUGGACACGAUUUCGGAGCUUCAACAGAAAAUAAAAGAUAUGGAGCGGUGCAACAUGUCUCAACAGGAGGAAGCGAAAAAUAAAGAAGCGAAGCUGGUAAAAAAAAUACAAGAACUGGAGAACCGUCAGAUGUCUAAACAAGAGGAAGCGAGGAAUGAAAACGCGAAGCUGGUAAAAAGAAUACAAGAACUGGAGAACUGUCAGCUUGAGGCGGAUCAAUAUCGCAUUAACCUUGAAGACGACGUUAAGGUCUACAGGUCUGUGCUGCAGAACCUAGAAGAUAAAGUCGGUCGCAUCUCAAAGGAAGCAGUCACCCGAAGGAGAGUGGAAAUGCUCAACGAACGAGUCGAAACGUGCCUUGGUCCUUUAGAACGGCUGCUGAACGGCCUGCGUGAUGUAGACAAAGAAUGAAUCGCACUCCCCCACAUGUACCUGUCCCCAAUUUUGCCUGUAUUGAACUGCUGUGUUUCGAGCAUUCCAAAACCAACAAUUCUGUCGACUGCAUGCAAGUGGCCAGAAUGCUAUGAUUAGACUUGGAGUUUUCAAAAGUACACGUUUUCAGGCGUUAAAUAAAAUUAGUGGUUUCCAGAUA